ACAACUUAACCCAAUACACAUCGAAACCGCGAUCAGCCAACACUGGCAUUGCUCGACGGGUCGGUGCAGAGGACGCAUACAAAUCCGAUACGGUGUUGUCGUUAAAAUAUUUUUCUAAUCGUUCACAUAUUCUGUACUCCGCGGACGUUACCGGACUGAUCGAUUAUCGCCGCACGCGUCGUGCUGUACCUAGUAUUAGCCGGUGAUACCGACACGCGGAGUGCAUUUCGGACUUUAGAUUAGAUUUUUGGACGCGCGUUGUACGCUUGCCGGACGUACCCAGUGCACCGAUGGCCCGUCGUGUUACGGUACAGCGAGUCCUGGCCGUGUUGGUCUUGACCGCGUCCGUCGUCCUUGCCGCUCAGGUGAAUCCUUCGUCGUUCAACCUGACCGCUGCCAAGGCGCCGGAAACAACGACCACGGCUACGACUGCGAUUUCGGUUACCGAUUACCCAAAGACCUGGGUGGCCAAUUUGUUCUACGAGACUCUGGUCAACUUCACCGUUUCCGAGGACGUUGGCAACUCGGCGUGUCGGCAACAAACGCAGAUGUACAUCAAGCACCUGAGAAAUGAUUCGUUCUGGGCAUUACAGAUGUCCGAUUCGUGGAGUCGGUACCCGAACGGCAUACUUGUCGGGACCACGCAUCAGAUGGGCGUGUACGAAGAGUGCGUCCACGUGCACCAGCCCGUCCAGGGGAAGUAUUGCCUGCCGUCGGUGGAGCUGCAAACGACAACCGGCGUGGAUUACAUGAUCGGAAAACCCUUAGAGCCGAACAGUUACGAUCAUGCCUGGCGUGAAAUACUCGGAUUUUUAGAUAAAAAUUAUCAAGCACCCAGGAAUGUAGUUAAGUUUGGCAUUUGUAUACCAGACUCAUGCACUGCUUCCGACCUGCAGACUUCGUUACAAAGAGAAUUUGACAAGCAUUUCUUGCAGCAUCAAGUCAAAGCUCAAGUACAAGUCCAAUCGACAUUGUGCUCAACGGACAAAAAUACUUAUCCUUAUGAUACUGGAUUCAUUGUUACAUGUAUGCUGCUUGGAAUUAUAUUCUUGUUAUGUUUUUUGUCGACGGCGAACCAUUUUGUAAAUUUAGUAAGGAGUAAUAAUGGGAAGAAAACUAUCAAAAUACCAGAAAUUUUAAACUUGUUUUCCAUAAUUCGUAAUACCAGAGAUUUGAUCAAGUACGAUAAAGACAACGAGCUGAACAUCUUUAAUGGACUAAAAGUGAUAACAAUGAUCUUAGUGGUGUUUGGUCAUAAGUUCUUCUACUUUGUGAUCAAUCCGAUCAUGUGGGCAAAACGUUUAGAGAUGAUCUACGUAAUCGGACCAAAUUUCUUAUUGACGUGCAUGAAUUUAGUCGAUCCGUUUUUUUUUAUAGCCGGUUACCUGAUGUAUGUUUUGUUGGUCCCGCAGUUAAAUAAACCCAGUACCAAUUGGACUCAGGUGCCAAUGAUAAUCGUGUACAAAUACUUGAGGGUACUACCAUCGUACGUGAUGAUGAUGCUGUUAACAGCUUUCAUCGUACCUCAUAUGGGUGACGGACCAUUUUGGGCUUCGAGGAUGUGGUCUGAGGCAGACAAGUGUAAAACCUAUUGGUGGGCCAAUCUAUUGGCAGUAAGCAACUUCAUCGAAGUCAAUAAUCAAUGCCUCAUUGCCGGAUGGUAUAUAUCAUGUCUCCUACAGUUACUCGUAAUCGGAACCGUUGUAAUGUACGUGUACGUUAAAAAUCGGAAAAUCGGAGUGUAUUUAAUGGUAUUUCUUUUAUGUGCAUCCAUGGUUAUUUUACCAAUCAUGACUUAUGUCCACCGAGCUUAUGGAAUCGUUAGAUUAUUGUACACGACAUUGGAAAACCCCAACAGUUCAGUAGAAUUCAAUCAUUUAUACCGGCCAUUUUACUAUCGGGGCAUUCCUUACUACGCAGGAUUGCUGGCUGGCGUUAUAGUGGAAGAACUGAAAAACCGAAAAUUCAAAUUUUCUAUGUUCACCCUUUAUGGCGGCACCGUGUUCGUCUCCGCAGUUUGUACUUGGGUUCAGCUGUACGGUGCACAGUUCUACGAUAUCAACAGGCCUUAUAACGUGAUUGAACAGUCGCUGUACUCGACGAUUAGUCACUGCACGUGGACAGUCAUAUUGUUUUGGGUUACCAUAUGUAAUUUUACAACAGGUUACGGUCCUUUAGAAAAACUGUUGAAUAACAGACUAGUAGUGCCGUUGGGUAGAUUAUGUUACGUAGUUUACCUUGUCAAUUUAACGGUCAUGCUGAUGGUGGAAAGUAGACAAAAAGUAGCUGUAUCCCCUUCAAUCGAUUUCUUGAUCGAUGGAUGGAUUUUUGGUUUGUUAAGAACAUAUUUUGUCGGAUUUAUGCUAUACAUAUUUGUUGAAGCACCAUUUGGACAGUUAAUUAAAACACUAUUGUACGGAAAAAUUAACAAAAAUAACGAACGGCCGGUAACUACAGAAAAUCCAGAAAACUCAAACAACAUACAGAAAGUUUCAACGCACCUGUAGAGACGUCUGUUUUACGACUGAGCCGUUUUGAGGACGAUUUGUAUAUUUCUAUUGCCAUGUAAUAUUUAUUUGCGUGAAACAUGCAUUAUGAUUCAUUGUAAAAUGUGGAUGAAAAGCAUUUGAAUCGAAUGAUAUGUAUCAUAUGUAUUACUAUUAUUAUUAUAACUUUAUAGACAUUCAUGCAAGUAUGGUAAUGAUUGUUCUGAGAUCUUUAUUCGAUAA